GCCUCUUCCACCACCAGCCCUAUGGCUAUGACCCGGAGUGGGAGACUGGCACUGCGGACGCUGCAGGGGUCUGGCUGGGUGCGGGGCUCGGGCCCAGCGGUGCUGAGCCGCCUGCAGGAUGAGGCCGUGGUGCGGCCUGGUUUCCUGAGCAAGGCCGAGGAGGAGACGCUGAGCCGUGAACUGGAACCUGAGCUGCGCCGCCGCCGCUACGAAUACGAUCACUGGGAUGCGGCCAUCCACGGCUUUCGGGAAACAGAGAAGUCCCGCUGGUCUGAAGCAAGCCGGGCCAUUCUGCAGCGCGUACAGGUAGCUGCCUUUGGACCUGGCCAGACCCUGCUGUCCCCAGUGCACGUGCUGGACCUGGAACCUCAGGGCUACAUCAAGCCUCACGUAGAUAGUGUCAAGUUCUGCGGAGCCACCAUUGCUGGCCUGUCCCUGCUGUCCCCCAGCGUCAUGCGGCUGGUUCAUACCCAGGAGCCAGGGCAGUGGCUGGAACUGUUGCUGGAGCCAGGCUCCCUCUACAUUCUAAGGGACUCAGCCCGUUAUGACUUCUCCCAUGAGAUCCUUCGAGAUGAAGAGUCCUUUUUUGGGGAGCGGCGGAUUCCCCGGGGCCGGCGCAUCUCUGUGAUCUGCCGCUCCCUUCCUGAGGAAAUGGGGCCAGGGUGGCCAGCACCAGCCUGCUGAUGUCCAGAGUGGCCCCCACCUGCUCCCAGACACCAGACACUGCUCCCAGCUGGCUGUCUGCCAGAGUAAGACCUGCAGGAGAAGGCCUGGGUAGCACCUGUUCACAAAGAGCCUUGGUGGCCGUCAGCGCUUGCUGGCACACACUCACAAGGCCAGGAGAGCAGCUUCUUUAUUGUGGUCAUUGCCAGAGCCCCAGCCCACCUCCCCUAACUUCUAUUCUUCUCUCACUCAGGUCUCCAAUAAAUAUGUCAGCUAAGCCCUUCAAGCCGUAGUUGCUCCAU